AGGGGGCGAGGAGUGAGCGGGGGUCUGACAGCUAAUUACAGCCUGCAGGUGAACCGCUGCCAUUUAAUGCGUGACAUGUAGAAAGAGAAGACAGUGAAUCUCCUCAGGUCAGGUAUCAGCUACAGCUUUCACUUUCUCGGGAAUCACUGUACAAAAAUGGUUUCUCAGUUGGAAAUUGCAAUGGACAGCCUUAUCAAAGUGUUCCACACAUAUUCUUCCAAGGAAGGGGACAAAUACAAACUGAGUAAAGCUGAGAUGAAGAGUCUUCUACAAGGGGAACUAAGUGACUUCUUAGCUGCAAGUAAAGAUCCACUGGUUGUGGAGAAGAUAAUGUCUGAUCUGGAUGAGAACCGAGAUGGGGAAGUGGACUUCCAGGAAUUUGUAGUUCUGGUGGCAGCACUUACUGUGGCAUGUAAUGAUUUCUUUGUUGAGUGUAUGAAAAACUGAUGCUUGUUCAGGUCACCUGGACUUUCUCUUCUGCUCUAAUAAAAUGUAUUGCACUGA